AACAAAGAGGAACCUAUGACCAGUGCGGUGCUGACAUACAUUUGGAAGCAAUUACAGACAUGACAUAAGGCUGAGACCAGAAAAGGCAAAAGAAAUGGACAAAAACAUUUACCAUAUGAGUAUCAUGGAGGUGAUUUCCCUUAUUUUGGUUUUUCUUCUGGGAGGGCUAUGGGAGACUGAAGCUAUGUCAGUCACAGAAGUAGUGGGUAAGGAGAUCACUAUAAAAUGCUCUCACACCAACGCGUUUUCCAACGUCAAAUAUUUCUGCAAGGGAGCGUGUAGAGAUGAAGACAUCCUGAUAAGCAGCAGAAACAAGAAGAAGGACACCAAAGGAAAGUACACUAUUAGCGAUGAAGGAAACACAUUCUCUGUGACCAUCUCUUUCCUGACAGAGGACGACGCAGGAACUUACUGGUGUGGAAUAGAACGAGUUGGUUUUGACACAUACAAUAAAGUUGUCCUCACAGUCAUACAGGGAGAGGAUCCUGACAACAGCUCUGGCUUACAACUAUCAGGUUUAGCUUCAUCCUCUACGAAGCUGGUGUGUAUUGGAGCAGGUCUCGGGGGGGUGGUGCUGACUCUGGCAGUGGUCAUUCUAAUAUUCUUAAGACAUCGAAGAAGAACGAUCAGAGCAUCUUCUGAAAAGGUCCAGGACACAGUCUAUGCAACACCAUUCUGUCAGAAACAAAAUGCACACAGCGUCCCUGCAUCCUCUUCUAAAGAUGGAGAAACAUAUGGAAGGGCUCAUAGCAACUUCAGCAUGAUGUCUGUUCAGCACCAAGAUACCAGCAGAGAUGACACAGGCAAUAUUUACUCUAACAUCACAGUUUCAUCAGAGUCUCAGGUCAAACCACACAACCUCCUCUACUCCACUGUUAGCUUCAACAAACACCCAGACUGCAACACUGUCAAACCUUGUCCAACAGCAGUUACAUACUCUACCUUAAAUGAUAUAUCAACAGAUGAAUCCACCGCCUGUAGCAAUUUCUGAACUCAUCUUCAGGAUCUUCCUCUACUGCAAGACUAAAUUCACAGGAUGAUGUGAACUCUGAAUGUAUUUAUAUUUAAUUUCUGCUCUGUGUUUAUUUGCUUAUAUUUUCUGGGUGUUUCUGUUUAUGGUUGACUAUGUUAAAGGAGAAGAACACAUGAGAACUGAAAAAGUGAUUUGAGAAGAGGAAGGAGGAGUAUACCCUGAAGACUUUCUGGCUUAUUGGGUGAGGCUAUAGUAGUUAUAUUUUCUCUUGAAAAUAAUGAAAGGCUUACAUUUGUUUUAGACUCACUGAAGCGGCCUGAGACUUGGAAAUCAGAAGAUGAGAGAAAAUUUCAGUGCAAUUGACUGUCCACAUUACAGCAGCAAGUUUAAACUGAUUUAAGACACUUCAUUAAAUCAAUAAAUGUAUAUAUAUAAAAAAA